AAGGAACUAUGCAAAAUAAGGGCAUAAUAUUUUGGUGCAUCCUAGCCACAGUAUCACAAAUAACAGUGAUAUAUGGCAACCAUCUUGAACAUCAUGACCACUACGACUACCCCCGAUACAAAUUUGGAUACGGAGUGCAUGACCCCCAUACAGGGGACCAACAUUCACAUCAUGAGACUAGAGAUGGUGACGUAGUAAAGGGGUACUACACAGUGGCAGAUCCAGAUGGCACCCUUCGUACCGUCUACUAUACCGCAGACGACCAUCAUGGCUUCAGAGCAAUAGUAAAGAAAAGUGGAAUAGCUGUUCAUCCAGAAGUGCAUCACGGUUACCACGAGCAUCAUCAUCCAGCAGCUUAUGGUGUUGGCCAUCAUGAAGCAUAUUAAGAAAUUACUUAAAUACCAUAUAAUAUUUUUGUACAAAUUACUAUUAAGGGUAGAACAAUUUUUAACCAAAUUUAAUGCUAAGAUAUUCACAAUUUUACAAGUACUGCGGCUAUUUUCUGCCCUUGGAUAUGAUCUAAUGUUACCUUAAGGUACGCGUCCACAUAGUACGUUCAGAACUAUUCGCACCAAAUGGAUCAAAUUCUGGUAGUGCGUCCAUUGUAUCUGCAGCAAUGGGACUGCGAUGACGAUUUAGAAGUACAGUAUUAAAAUUUUCAUCCACGACAAUUGGCAGAAUAAAAAAUAAUCUAUGCAGUCUGUGCUGCCUAAGGGGAUGUGUCCACUGAUCAACAAAUCCGUAAGACGUCAACGGAUGCAUCGCACCUGCAAUAUUUGAUAAUUAUAAAAUUCAUUUAUCGCGAACAGUCCAACGAGUCGAAGACAACCAGAUGCAUUUUGGUUAUCUACAGACUCCAAAUCAGGUAUGUUAUGCGGCCAUUUAAGUCUCACAUCUGAUUGAAUUGGAUUAGAACUGUAAAAACCCACAUUCUAAGAAUAGCUGUAAUGGCUCCAUUGAAAGAAGUGUACAAACAUACAAUUUACCUACAUUCCGUAUAAAAAUAUCACGGAUUACAUGUUUCAGCUAUUAUAUAAGACGGACGUUUACAUGUAUCAGUGGUUUCUGGUGCAAUUUUUAUUAAACUGUACAUAGUGUCUUUUCAGGUUUAAGAAUAGUAUAGUGAAAUUGUAAGGAACCG